AUGAGUAGCAUCGGAGGAACCAAGUAUCCGUCGCUGGCAGGCGAGCGUGAACUGCCGCACUUUGCCAAGCGCGACACGCUGUUGGCGUCGGCAAAGGCCGGUGCUGUUGGUGCGUUUUUCGGUCUGAACGUCGUGCUGGUCAAAAAUUCUCUGGGCCCAUCCCGCACUCUACUGGGCGGUCUGCGCGGCUCCAUGGCGCCUGUUGCGACCUACGCUCUUAUUGGCGCUUCAUACACGUUUGCUGAGGCCGUAAGCGCAAACCUGCGUGGUGAGGAGACCGCGGCUAACGCAUUUGCUGGUGGUGCUGCUGCCGGCGCCAUCGCCGGGGCUUCCCUGCGGGGUUCUGUGGCCAAAUCGCUGGGUGGUGCGCUCAUUCUGGGAACUGUUGCUUCCGCCUUCGAGUGGGGCUUCAACCGCGGCCACGAGCAGUCUAUUUUGGGCUCUGAUACCGUCAACGUGCCCAUCACCGAGGAGCACCCUCGCCAGGGCUUCUGGGAGCUCGUUCAGCGCCGUCCGCUUUCACAAACUAUUGAAGAGCUCGGCGAUCUUGCCAAGCAGUUCGUUCGCGAUUGA